GUCAGGUUUGCUGCUGCUGCAGAAAUGGGGGAGUACGGAAUCGCACCAGGCCAGCGCGUUGCUAUCAUCUGGGACAGCUCGUCGCCGGUUGAAGCCCUGAAGGAUUUGGUGGAUAAAAUUCAGGCGCUGGUGGGAGCUGAUAGUCGUGUCUCUGUGGAAAAUGUUAACCAACUGUCUCAGUCGGCUCACAGGGAGUCCAGUUUUGAUGUAAUUCUCUCUGGCGUGGUAUCAGGCAGUACUGCGCAGCACAGUGCAGAAGUACUGGCAGAAAUAGCUCGGAUACUUAAGCCAGGGGGCCGUGUCCUCCUGAAAGAACCGGUGGUUACAGAAUCAGGAAACAACAGCAGACUCAAGACAGCAGCGAAACUCCCCACAGCUCUGACUCUCUCUGGGUUGGUGGAAGUGAAGGAGCUGCAAAAGGAAGCAUUGACCCCGGAGGAGGCCCAGUCAGUCCAAGAGCAUUUGGGUUACCAAGGCAAUGACCUUCUCAUUGUCCAGAUAGAAGGCAAGAAGCCCAAUUUUGAAGUGGGGUCCUCAAGUCAGCUCAAACUUUCCUUUGCCAAGCAACCUGGUCCUUCAGGAAAACCCGCUGUGGACCCAGCCACUGCCAAGCUGUGGACGCUCUCUGCCAAUGACAUGAACGAUGAAGAAAUGGAUCUUUUGGACUCUGAUGAGCUGUUGGAUUCAGAGGAUUUGAAAAAGCCAGAUCCAUCAUCCCUCAGAGCUCCGUCCUGCAAAGAAAUGGGCAAAAAGAAAGCCUGCAAGAACUGCACAUGUGGCCUGGCUGAAGAGCUGGAACAGGAGGAGAAGAGCUCACAGCCCAAAUCUGCCUGUGGAAAUUGCUACCUGGGGGAUGCGUUCCGCUGUGCCAGCUGCCCUUACCUGGGGAUGCCUGCCUUCAAGCCUGGGGAGAAGAUUCUCCUGAAAGAGAACCAGCUGCAUGAUGCCUAACAAAGAUGCCUCUGGAUGUCCUGAGAAGGACUCCUGCUUUUCCAUCAGUCUGAGGUUCUUCCUGCAGUCCUCCUCAUCCUCUCAAACU